GAAUCCUCCAGCAGGCAUCUUGCAGAAGUCCUCAGGAAAAACCAGAGAUUGAAUGUAUUAUACUUGUCCUUCGAGAACCCAGAUGACAAAGCAAUGAAAGUGCUAUGUGAGGGUCUGAAUCAUCCAGAAUGUGCAAUAGAAACGCUUGAGCUUUCUGGAGAGAUACUGACCGAAUCCUCCAGCAGGCAUCUUGCAAAAGUCCUCAGAAAAAAACAGAGAUUGAAUGUAUUAGACUUGUCCCUCAAGAACCCAGAUGACAAAGCAAUGGAAGUGCUAUGUGAGGGUCUGAAUCAUCCAGAAAGUGCAAUAAAAACACUUGAGCUUUCUGGAGACAUACUGACCGAAUCCUCCAGCAGGAACCUUGCAGAAGUCCUCAGAAAAAAUCAGAGAUUGAAUAGAAUAGUCUUGUCCCUCCAGAAUCCAGAUGACAAAGCAAUGGAAGUGCUAUGUGAGGGUCUGAAUCAUCCAGAAUGUGCAAUAAAAACGCUUCAGCUUUUUGGAAAGAUACUGACCGAAUCCUCUAGCAGGCAUCUUGCAGAAGUCCUCAGGAAAAGCCAGAGAUUGAACGUAUUAUACUUGUCCCUCAAGAACCCAGAUGAUAAAGCAAUGGAAGUGCUAUGUGAGGGUCUGAAUCAUCCAGAAUGUGCAAUAAAAACGCUUCAGCUUUCUGGAGAGAUACUGACCGAAUCCUCCAGCAGGCAUCUUGCAGAAGUCCUCAGAAAAAACGAGAGAUUGAAUAGAUUAGACAUGUCCCUCAGGAAUCUAGAUGACAAAGCAAUGGAAGUGCUAUGUGAGGGUCUGAAACAUCCAGAAUGUGCAAUAGAAACGCUUGAGCUUUCUGGAGAGAUACUGACCGAAUCCUCCAGCAGGCAUCUUGCAGAAGUCCACAGGAAAAAUCAGAGAUUGAAUGUAUUAUACUUGUCCCUCAAGAACCCAGAUGACAAAGCAAUGGAAGUGCUAUGUGAUGGUCUGAAACAUCCAGAAUGUGCAAUAAAAACGCUUCAGCUUUCUGGAGAGAUACUGACCGAAUCCUCCAGCAGGCAUCUUGCAGAAGUCCUCAGGAAAAACCAGAGAUUGAAUGUUUUAUACUUGUCCUUCGAGAAUCCAGAUGACAAAGCAAUGGAAGUGUUAUGUGAGGGUCUGAAUCAUCCAGAAUGUGCAAUAAAAACACUUCAGCUUUUUGGAGAGAUACUGACCGAAUCCUCCAGCAGGCAUCUUGCAGAAGUCCUCAGAAAAAACCAGAGAUUGAAUGUAUUAUACUUGUCCCUCAAGUACCCAGAUGAUAAAGCAAUGGAAGUGCUAUGUGAGGGUCUGAAUCAUCCAGAAUGUGCAAUAAAAACGCUUCAGCUUUCUGGAGAGAUACUGACUGAAUCCUCCAGCAGGCAUCUUGCAGAAGUCCUCAGAAAAAACGAGAGAUUGAAUAGAUUAGACAUGUCCCUCAGGAAUCUAGAUGACAAAGCAAUGGAAGUGCUAUGUGAGGGUCUGAAACAUCCAGAAUGUGCAAUAGAAACGCUUGAGCUUUCUGGAGAGAUACUGACCGAAUCCUCCAGCAGGCAUCUUGCAGAAGUCCACAGGAAAAAUCAGAGAUUGAAUAGAUUAUAUUUGUCCCUCAAGAACCCAGAUGACAAAGCAAUGGAAGUACUAUGUGAGGGUCUGAAACAUCCAGAAUGUGCAAUAAAAACGCUUCAGCUUUCUGGAGAGAUACUGACCGAAUCCUCCAGCAGGCAUCUUGCAGAAGUCCUCAGGAAAAACCAGAGAUUGAAUGUAUUAUACUUGUCCUUCGAGAAUCCAGAUGACAAAGCAAUGGAAGUGUUAUGUGAGGGUCUGAAUCAUCCAGAAUGUGCAAUAAAAACGCUUCAGCUUUCUGGAGAGAUACUGACCGAAUCCUGCAGCAGGCAUCUUGCAGAAGUCCUCAGGAAAAAGCCGAGAUUGAAUGUAUUAUACUUGUCAUUCGAGAAUCCAGAUGACAAAGCAAUGGAAGUAUUAUGUGAGGGUCUGAAUCAUCCAGAAUGUGCAAUAAAAACGUUUCAGCUUUCUGGAGAGAUAUUGACCAAAUCCUCCAGCAGGCAUCUUGCAGAAGUCCUCAGAAAAAAGCAGCGAUUGAAUGUAUUAUACUUGUCCCUCAAGAACCCCGAUGACAAAGCAAUGGAAGUGCUAUGUGAGGGUCUGAAACAUCCAGAAUGUGCUAUAAAAACACUUCAGUAA